CUCAUCACUAUAAUUGCCACACAAUACACUUAGCAUAAAGACAUUUUAGUCUACAAACUCUUCUUCACAUAUAUCCUUAUCUUUUUUCCCCCCUUCAAGAACAAAGAACAUCAAAUCUUGAAGAAACAAAAAAAAGAAACACCCAAUAUUUAGAUCUUAGUAUAAAUUUUAUUAUCUUUUUAAAACAUUUUUUCAAUCAUGGAUAAUAUGAGAGUUAGAGAAGAAGAAUUCAAGCAGAGCAAUCGAGAAAACAAAAAAACAGAGCAGAUACAACAGCCACAACCACCACCGUCUGCGGCGGCGUCACCACCGUCAGCUUCAUCAUCUCCGGCGCAUGAAUUUUCCUUCACAAUUUCACUUCACCCAACAAAUUCCAUAAAAGCCCCUGAAAAUAAAACCAAACAAAAUCCGAACCCGAACCCAAACCCAAACCCGAAUCAGAACCCAUCCGCCAUUGAUUUAACUCCAGCUGAUGAAAUUUUCUUCCAUGGCCAUUUACUUCCUCUUCAUCUUCUUUCCCAUCUCCCUGUUUCACCCCGCUCUUCAACAAAUUCCAUUGACAGUUCACUCCCCAUUAAUAAAUCAGAAGAAAAAAUCCAAAAAUCCAGAGACUUAGAUGAUGAUGAUGAUGAGUCUUAUUAUGAUCUAAAUCAUAGUUUUCAUCAUCAUGAAACAACAAAUUCUUUUAACAUACCAAAAGAUCAAAAACCAAAAUCCAAAUCUUUUUCCAUUUUUGGAUUACCCAAAAGGAAAAAAGGGGAAAAAGAAGAGAAGGAAAAACACAGGAAGCUGAAAUUUGAUGUAAGUCAAGUUUUAAAGAGGUAUAUGAGAAUGUUGAGGCCAUUUUUGUCAUUUGGAAGCAGAAAAAACAUGGAAUUUCAUAGACAAAGUUAUUCAUUUUCUGGGAAUUUGAGUUUUAGAGGGAAGAACAAUAAUAAUAGUAGUAAAGGAAUAAAAAGAGGUGCAUAUUCAGCUCCAGUUUCUAUGAAGAAUUCACCAACAAAUAGUGGAUUACUUGUAGCAACACCAGGGGGUAAUUAUGGUAAUUCAUCAUCAUCUUCAAGUAGUGAUAGUACUAUGGAAGAAUUACAGGCUGCUAUUCAAGCUGCAAUUGCUCAUUGCAAGAAAUCUAGUUCUUCAAUGGAAGACAAGAAAAUCAAGAUAUCAUCAGCAUGAAGUAAAAAGUGCAGCUCGAUGGACUAAACUUCUGUUAUAUGCGGGGUUUGAGGAACGGUACCAGUUUUACCUCAUAUUUCUGCAAAAAGCUGAUUCCACAGCUCGAAUUUGAAAAUGAAUCUUGAUUAUUUUUAUCCUCUUUGGUACUACUAUGGAAGUUUUUUUUUUUUAUUCCCUUGUGUAUCAUAAUCAUGAAGUAUAUUUGUAAGUAUUUUUUUUUACUACAUGAGCUUAAAAUAUGGAUUAUUCAUGGUGAUGGAUUGGAAGGGCAACCAUGUAGAA